UCAGUUGAGGACAGUCGGUUGUACUUAUUUUAUCAUACGUACCGCAUCAUCUACUAAAAAUAAUAUACCACUUGUGUGCGGAUGCAUUACACGCGAGUAUCGGUCAAUAAACGUUAGCUGGGCUCGUGCGUGUAAUGACAGCUUGGUUGUAUACUUUGAGGUCUGCACAGCUACUCUGGUGUGACCACCUAUUGUAUAAAUAUCUGAUGCACGGGUCGUGCAGCAACGAGUGACACUUGUAACCCGUAGGAUACAUUUGCCAACUUUAAAAGGUUCUAAAUGAAAAAGUUUAAUGUUGUUUGACUACAAAAAGAGAGUAGAAAAAUCACCACAAUGGUUCAAGAGAGCAGGUGGCAAGCUGGCCAAGUAGCCUUGACAGUGAAUGAAAAGAAAAAGGCUUCGGGUGACGCGGUUCGCGGGCUAAUAGUGUAGAAAGCAAAAUUGAAAGGGAAAAAAUCGAGGGAUCCCACGAUGAAGCUCGAAGACACGAGUGCGGCCGAGGAUGACGGGAACGGAAUAUUGUUGGAAUCCAGGAAGAACUCGGUGGUGCGCUUGCAGAUUGUGCCGGUCAAAACCAAGACCAUCACCCACCUGCGCAAGAGACCGCCCGUCGACGUCGCCUUCGCCGAUCUCACUUACAAGGUCCGCGAGGGACGCAAGAGCAAUUCCAAGACUAUCCUCAAGUCCGUCAGCGGGAGGCUGAGGUCCGGCGAGUUGACCGCCAUCAUGGGACCGUCUGGUGCUGGGAAAUCAACCCUCUUGAACAUUUUAACGGGAUACAAAACAACCGGGACGGAGGGCAGCAUAACCAUGAACGGCCACGAGAGGAAUUUGAGUGCCUUCAGAAAGCUAUCCUGCUACAUAAUGCAGGACAACCAGCUGCACGGCAAUUUGACCGUGCAGGAAGCGAUGCAAGUCGCCGCGAAUCUUAAGCUGGGCAGGCACGUCGAAAAAACGGAGAAGGAGGAAGUGAUCCAAGAGAUUCUCGAGACGCUUGGCCUCGCCGAGCAUCGAAAAACCAUGACCUCGAACCUCAGCGGUGGACAGAAGAAGCGGCUGUCCAUAGCCCUCGAGCUCGUCAACAAUCCGCCCAUCAUGUUCUUCGACGAGCCCACGAGUGGUCUGGACUCGUCGUCUUGCUUCCAGUGCAUCUCGCUGCUAAAGACCCUGGCCCGGGGCGGCCGUACCAUCAUCUGCACGAUUCACCAGCCGAGCGCGCGUCUGUUUGAAAUGUUCGAUGCCCUGUACACCCUAGCCGAGGGCCAGUGCGUCUACCAAGGUUCCACCUCCCAGCUGGUACCGUUCCUCUGCUCACUCGGUCUCAACUGCCCCAGCUAUCACAACCCUGCCUCCUUCAUAAUCGAGGUGUCGUGCGGCGAGUACGGCGACAACAUAAAGAAUUUGGUGGACGCCAUCAGGAACGGCAAGCAGGACGUGCGCGAGGGCUAUCCCUUUCCCGAGAAGGAGUCGCUGAACAACACGCCAAACAAGGACGCCGAGCCGUCGGAUCCGGCGCCACCGGCCGGCGCCGCCAAGGACAAAAACGACGCCAUCAACAUCGAGGAAAAGUUCUGCGAGGCCAAGGUCCACGACAAGAGCAAUCGUGCUCUCAUUCCCACCUUCACUACCAACGACAUCUCCAAGCAGAACGAAGUCGCGGUCACAUUGGAGACCGACAAGAAGGACAACAUCAACGUCACGACGUCCCUUCUCGACGACUCGCUCGAGGCUACCCCAGAAAGAUACCCGACGUCCGAGUUCAAGCAGUUCUGGAUUGUCCUCAAACGUACACUGCUCUUCAGCAGAAGGGAUUGGACUCUGAUGUACCUUCGACUGUUUGCCCACAUUUUGGUCGGACUUUUGAUCGGCGCGUUGUACUACGACAUCGGCAACGAUGCCUCGAAGGUCCUCAGCAAUCUUGGCUUCUUGUUCUUCAACAUGCUGUUUCUCAUGUACACCUCCAUGACGAUCACGAUUUUAUCUUUCCCCUUGGAAAUGCCGGUACUGCUGAAGGAAAACUUCAACCGGUGGUACUCUUUGAAGUCGUACUACCUGGCCAUCACGGUAUCGGACAUACCGUUUCAGGCAAUAUUCUGCGUGCUCUACGUGACGAUCGUCUACUUCCUGACGAGCCAGCCGCCCGAGACGUUCCGCUUCAGCAUGUUCCUGGGCACGUGCCUGCUGAUCUCGUUCGUCGCCCAAUCGGUUGGUCUGGUCGUCGGGGCAGCCAUGAACGUGCAAAACGGGGUUUUCCUGGCACCCGUGAUGUCGGUGCCAUUCCUACUGUUCUCCGGCUUCUUCGUCAGCUUCGACGCCAUACCCGUCUACCUCAGAUGGAUCACCUACCUGAGCUACAUCCGCUACGGCUUUGAGGGCACUGCCCUGGCCACCUACUCCUUCGGCCGCAGAAAACUCAAGUGCUUCGAGGAAUACUGCCAUUUCAAAAAGCCCGAAGUCACCCUCGAGGAACUGGACAUGGAAAACGCUGACUUCACACUCGACGUGCUGGCACUGCUGCUGAUAUUCGUGGUGCUGCGAAUCGCCGCUUACCUAUUUCUGCGCUGGAAGCUCAAGUCAUCGCGAUAAAUGCACCUCCCCCGAGAUCUCUGUGGAGCGGCCACGCGCGGCUUGUCACAUUUUUGCCUUUUUUUUUUUUUUUUUUGUUUUUCCGCAAAGAAAAAGGAAAAACGAAAUACUCUGCAAAUCGUUGGUAUGAAAAACACUUUUAUUUUUCUCUCCAAACGUUGCGCGCACGUUUAGAUGCGCAAGUGCGUGUACAUGCGUCAAAGCGAGGAUGACAUUUUCAUCGUAGACGGGGUAUUAGUGCAACUGGUGACUCUUUGUGCGUUGGAUGGUGAUUUUUAGGGAUUAUCGAGCCCUCGACUUCGGCCGAGAGGUUUUUAUCUAUUGUUUUGAGAAAUAGCUCGGCUAAUGUAAGUUAUUUAAUGUAAACGACUAUAAUUUUUAAUGAACUUGUUCAGGGUACACUAUUUUUCGCUCCUGUUUUUGUCUCGCGUCGUGCACGCAAUACUGUUUUAUACAUAAUAAUACGUGUGCGAUGAAAUUCAUGUUUUUAUAUUAUAAUGUGAAAAAAAAUUGCGUAGCAAUUGAAAAUUACGAUCGUUGUUGCUGUACGAAGGAAAACAAAAAAGGCUUUUUCGAUACAUUGUACUUUGAUUCGCAGCAACGAGCGACGAGUCUCGAUCGACGUUACGUGUGGUUUUUUUGCCUCCCAAAUGGCUGUGAGCAUCUGGAAAAAAAAAAAUCGAAGCAAACGGAUGGAAAAACGCAAUGGUGGAUUGCGAUUUUUUUUUUUUUUUUUUUUUUUUUUUCUAAUGUCCAUCGACGGUAAUUUACUAAAAGAACAGAGAAGCAGUAGCGGUAUUCUCACCACAGCACGAAACUUUCUUGCCAGCUCUAAUUUAUCGUGGACAACAUCGAAAUACCAAAUAUUUUACUAACAUUAGCUUUAACCGAGAAGGAGGGAUGCAGUGCAGGGCCGACGACGCGUCAUUGUCCAUAUGUACGAAGGAACGAUGAGCUUGUGUGGAUGUCGAUGAGCAAAAAUAAUCACGUCAUCAUUGUAAAAAGUAUACACUGUCUUUAGCGCAAGUGAAUGCAACGAGGGGCGUUGAAAGUUUAACUAAAUGACAUGUAAAUGAUUUUUUGUUUGUUUGUGAAAACAGCGUCUAAGGAAAAAAGGGUUUUUUCUUCGGCGCAGUUGGAGCACUCGCUGGUAUAAAUACAUAUAUGCCGGGAGUCUAAAUAAAAAAUAAAAAAAAUCAAUCAAACAAUUUUUUAUGAAUAAAAUACACACACAAAGUCUCGAAUGAAAAAACGGAGACCUUUGCUGUUUUGUCUUAUCUGUUUUGUAUAAGUGCAUUGUUUUACGCCGACGAAAUAUACUUUACUGUAUUUUGUAAUAGAUUUAUAAAGAUAUAUUUGUUAUGCGAAUAAAGUAUACGAUUUUCGUAAAUUCUAAA